UAUAAAAUAUUAUUUAUGUUGCAUUACGUAACAAAAUUAUUCUUGUAAAAAUAAAAAAAAAUGUAGAAUCAAAAAAUAACAUUUUUAUCCCACAGGCACGAAAAUGGCGCUUUUUUAUGCGUCUAGAGAGGGCGUAAAGGAACUCAUUUUUGUCAGCCGGUAAAAGUGAAUUCUUGUUCGCCCUAGGGAGAAAUAAUAGGGUAAAAAUGAAAAAACUGGUCAAAAAUGAUACUACAGAAAUUCUUUUUGACCUAAGUAGUAGCAAAUUUUUACAGGAUCUAAGAAUGCUAAAUGGUUAAUAGAUUAUCAACCAUGAGAUAGAAAAGGACAGAAGCAUCACGUGAUGUAGUCACGUGAUGCCAUUAACCUGACCUUGCCUCGCGCAUUUGCAAAUGGCUACCAAUGCUUGUUUCAGUUGUCGCGUUUUAAUACCUUUGGUGUAGUGUAUUUCGCCGGUUUUGAAAAUUGUCUGCAUGUACUUCACUUUGUUGUUUCCAAACAUAAUAUAGUGUUUUUUGGUCUUUAUUUCGUUCCACGAAACAUGGAUCAAACCAUACCACCCGAGAUCUCGAAAAUGGCAGAAGAAGCCUUGGCAGAUAUACUGCCUGAAAAAUCGAAAAAAAAUUAUGAAUUUGUGUACGCAAAUUUCGUGGAAUGGAAAGAUUCCAACAAUGUGAAAAAAACAAGUGAAACGGUGCUUAUGUCUUACUUCAAAAUGUUAUCCCAGAAAUAUAAGCCGCCAACAUUGUGGUCACAUUACUCAAUGUUAAAAUCCAUGAUUCAUGUAAAAGAAAAAAUCAGUUUAGAAAAGUAUCUGGAACUCUCAGCGUUUUUAAAAAAAAUGUCACGUGGAUAUAUUCCAAAAAAAUCAAAAGUGUUUUCUGCCGAGGAAGUACAAAAAUUUCUAGAAACUGCUCCCGACGAUCACCACUUAGAUACAAAGGUGAUUAUGAUUUUCCGUGUUUUCGGGGCACUACGAAGCGAUGAGUUGGUGAAAGUCAGAGUUGUCGAUGUUAAACGUCAAGGAGAAAUAUUUCACGUUAAUGUACCAGUCACAAAAACUAUGAUACCUCGGUCAUUUGUCAUUUCGGACGAAUUUUGCAGAUAUGUCGAAAAAUAUUCAAACCUUCGACCAAAAACUGUUUCCAACGAUCGUUUCUUUCUUAACUUUCAAAAUGGAAAGUGUACAGUACAGGUAAUUGGAAAAAAUAAGUUCGCAUCAACUCCGCAAAAAAUUGCAGAAUUUCUAAAGUUACCGGAUUCUAAAAAAUAUACGGGGCACAGCUUUAGAAGAACAUCUUCAACACUUUUGGUCGAUGCAGGACCUGACUUGACGGUCUUAAAACGGCAUGGCGGGUGGAAGAGCAGCGCGGUUGCUGAGGGUUACAUAGAGGAGUCUAUGCUCAAUAAUCAGGACGUAAGCUCUAUGUAUUCGAAAAUCAUUACCCUGCCUUCAAGUUCUAAGUGCUCGUCAAGCGAUGAUUCGCUGAAACAUCGUACAACCAAUCUAAUAAAUAAUGAAACGCCAAAGCGACCUAAGACUGAUACCGUAAAUGAUUCCCCAAAUUUGGAAUUAUUGCUAAAUAAGUUAUCGACUGAUAGAAAUCUUAACUUUCAAAAUUGCACAAUCACAAUUAAUUUUCAGUAACUAAGUAGAACGCUGCCAUAUUUGUUUAAAGUUAAGACUGAUUAGUCGUUUAA